AUGGCCGAAACAAGUAUCUACGACCGCCCAAUCACCGAUGCGACGCUCACGAUCCGCGUGAUCAAGAACUUCCCGUACCGGACGUACAAGAACGUGAUUCUGCACCACCUGGACCUGACCGCGCUCACGGCGGGCGAGCUGAAGGAACUGGUCAAGACCCAUGUGCAAACCCAGCCCGGUUUCAAGGCCUACAAGACUCUGCAGCCCGAUACCCUCAAGCUGUACACGAAGGCGCACGGAACCAAGACCAACAACUUGAUCAUCAACAUGGAGGACAAAGAGGAGACGCUGAUGUUCCGCGACGACAGCGCGACGCUGGCGAGCUAUGGCUGCGAACACGAGACCGAGAUAUCGUUCUUUGUCCUCAAGGACUAUGAGGAGUUUAGGGCGAAUCCCGAAGAGAAGUGGUGA